GACGCCGCAGUUCCAGCUGGACGUCAGUCAGUGCCCAGAGCCUUAGCUAUGUUUACGCCGCCAUUUCUCAUUUAAAUACAUUUAAUACAAUUUACUCACAAUCAAUGACAAUUAAUUAGUAUCCAAGAACGAUUGUCAGAGGAGAACAGUCUUUGUCAAGCGAGGUUUUAGAACUCUUACACAGACUUUAACUCAAGUCAGGUUGUCUCAACUUCUGAGCGAUGUGAAGACCUGUCCGUCAAGCCAGGCCACGCCUCCUCACUCUCAGUCAAUCAAGGCACAGUCUGCAGGACUGUCAUGCACAUUAAGCACGGGGCGCCGCCGCGGACCAUCAAACACGCCAAAGGCGUCAUCUACAACGACACGUUGUGGUACGGUACAGGGGCAACGCGCGGUCUCAGAGCCCGGCUGCCAUGUUUCACUUUGUACUCGCCACCAGCCGAGGACACCGCCGCCCUGCUGGACAAGUGGGCUGUUAUCAAGCCGGGACACGUCCGCGAAAAGAUCGCCAUUUUCGCUUUGGCGGCAGGGCGAACUGUAGCUGCCGGAGAAAGAAACCACGCCCUAUCUUUGGGGGUGACACGGGCUGGGAAGGUCAAGAGUGGGAACGCCAAGCGACUGAGGAGAUCUGUAAGCAACCUGACCCUCCAGCAGAACCAGAACUGGCCCGUCCGAGUGCCACCCUACAGCGCCGCUCGGCGUCCAGGAAACGGACACGUGGAUGUGGAGGGGGAGGAGUACAACGUCUCCGUGGGCGAGAUGGUGACGUUCCUGGAACGGCGAGCGAGUGAGCGCCAGGCUGACCCCAAACCUGUGCUCACUCUCCACAGGAGCUCCGCGGCCCCACCCCCUCAGGACAAAGGGGAGGAGCCAGAGUGUGUCAAGGUUUCAGACAUGGUAGCCAAGCUUGAGUCCAAGUGUCUGCGACGGAGAAACGAGGGAGGCGUGUCCAGAAGCGACACACUGGGGAGGACGGUGGGGCGUGUUCUACUUGCUGCCGCCCAGCAUUGCCCCGCCCUCUCUCUUCAUUUACCAUCAUGUCUGCCUGGGGCCUCGACACAGGUCACGCCCCCCUCCAUCUUGUCAGCUGUGGUGGAGUCGGGCGCAAGUUGGGGUCUUGAGGCCCCGCCUUCGCUGCCCGAGGAGGCGGAACCGCCUCCUGGGUUGUUGUUUCGGUCUCCGCCUCCUGCUGCUUUCUCGCCGCUGACAUGCACGCGCUUCGUCUCCACUGCUUUAGUAUGCACAGAUUUGACAUUUGACCCCGACACCAACAUCCAAUCAGAGAAGUCCUUCAAUGUUGACGUUGAAGAGAAGGUCAGUGUUGCGAGCGACGGCGCGGUGUGCCGUGCUCCGACAUCGCAUGCUUUUCUGGAGCUGCGGCAGAGACUCAGGCAGCUUCUGGAGCCGCCGUCAAUGGCGGCGCUGCCGCUGUCGGCGCUGCCGCAGGACAUACUGGUCAACAUCUUCACGCUGCUGCCCACGCGCACGCUGGCGGCUCUGAAGUGCACGUGUCACCAAUUCAAGUUCAUCAUCGACAACUACGGCGUGCGGCCCGCCGACUCGCUGUGGGUGUGUGACCCUCGUUACCGCGACGACCCCUGCAAGCAGUGCAAGCGGCGCUACGCGCGCGGGGACGUGUCGCUGUGCCGCUGGCACCACAAGCCGUACUACGAGGCGCUGCCCUACGGCCCAGGAUACUGGAUGUGUUGCUAUAGCGGCCGCAGGGACGCGCCUGGAUGCAACUUGGGUCUCCAUGACAACCGCUGGGUGCCGUCCUUCCACAGCAUCAACGCUCCAGUCUGCGGCGGGAACGCGGGCAACUGAGCUGCUUGCAACAAGUCAACUUUUUAGCUUCCUUUAACAGGUCGGCACACAGGCAAGCUGUCUUGUGGCCUUGGCGAUCAACCGCCAGAGUGGGAGGAGUCUCGAGCAGGACUCACCCACAUUGGAGGCGCUCAGAGCAGGAAGUCUUAUGAAACGUGAGGCUGAUAGACAUUCAUGAAGUGGUUGCCUUGGAGACAGUAAAUAUUUUAAAUAAGUAAGAUUAAAAAAACAGUUUGCUUUAAUAAAGAGCUUUUCAUCACUUCCUGUUUGAC